AUGUUAGAGGACGGUCGGCAUGGCGUGAAAAGGGAAGAAGGAAGAGGAGGAGGGUCUCCUGCUGAUGACAAUACUAAUACCAACACCAACAACACGUCGUCGUCGUCGUGGUCGUCGAAAAAUGCAAAAGGAAAGAAGAGCGUUCCCGUGUGCGUGAUGUUGCCUUUGGAUUUAAUUAACCCAGACUCUGGUCGAUUUUUGGACGAAACGAAAGAGAAGUUAUCGAUACAGUUGGAAAAGCUGAGAUCUGCGAACGUGAGUUCAGUCAUGAUCGACGUGUGGUGGGGGAUCGUUGAAAACGAAGCGCCGGGAAAAUACAAUUGGGGUGGGUACAAAUCACUCAUCGAACUGAUUAUAAAAUCAGGCUUGAAAAUACACGCGGUGAUGUCGUUUCAUAGUUGCGGAGAAAACCCGGGUGACGGAGAUUUCACCGUUAAUUUACCGCAGUGGGUUUGUGAUUACGCGCAAAGAGUUGACGAGAAUAUAUUUUAUUGCGACUCCAAGGGAACCCGAUGUAAGGAAUACAUAUCGUUAUUCGCGGACGAAACGCACAUCGGCACACCGCUCGGCUUUCAUCACGAAAUUCGCAUGUUUCACGACGCGACGAUGACACCACUAGACGCUUACGAAAACUUUAUGCGCUCGUUCGCCAAUACGUUUCGCGAGUACAUUUUGAGUGGGUCUAUUCUCGAAAUUAUAGUCGGUCUAGGACCGUGCGGUGAACUUCGGUACCCUUCGUACUCAACGUCAACCUCAAAUUGGAAGUAUCCAGGAAUUGGCACUCUGCAAUGCUACGACGAACGCGCUCGAAUGUCGCUCGCGCUACACGCGAGUAAGUCUGGCGUCCCAAAAUGGGGGGACCCACCUAAAAAUUUGGAAGUUUUGAUUAAAGUUGGAGAAAAUUACAAAAACGAGACGAGCGUGGACGACCUCGUCAACGCAAAACCGAAUGAGACGCAGUUUUGGACAAACGACGAGUCGACGUUGAAAAAACGCGAUUUUGACGAUCACGAACAGUGGGAUUCAGCGUAUGGUUGGUUUUUUCUGUCUUGGUACUCAAAAGAAUUAAGUCUACACGCGGAAAGAGUUCUAACUCGCGCGAGAAAAGCAUUGGAACACGUUUUAAAACCCAUCGGAGAUAAUCCCCUCGUAGACGGUAAGAAACCGAAACGAAUUUCUUACGAAACGUUACGGUACGAAGUCGACGUGGACGACGACGACGACGGCGUCGACGGCGAUAACGAUAAUAAUACUAAUCAACAAAAUAGGAUAGAUGGAGGACAAAAACAAGAGCAGUAUCGUGCGGAGUUGUCGAUGAAACUCGCAGGCGUUCAUUGGUGGGCGAAUACUCGAAGCCGAGCGGCGGAGUGCAUUUCGGGAAUGCACUGCUCCUCGAGAACGUCGAGAAAUCCGAGAGCUGGAGUCGGAUACGAAGAUAUCGUUAAGAUUUGUGCAAUGCUGGACGUUAAUUUGACGUUCACGUGUUGUGAGAUGAAAGAUAAUGAGUCCAACGAAGCAAGGUCUCGGAAUUUGCACUCCCCGACGAAGCCGGUGCCGGCGCUCAAUACAGGUGAAAAUGACGAGUUGGAAGACGGAUCUGCGCCUGAAUAUCUACUCAAGCACGUCUCCAGCUUGUGUUCGCUCUAUGGAGUGCAACUUGAAGGAGAAAACGCGCUUUCUCGAGUCGAUCAAGAGGCGUACGAGACCAUCACAAAACACUGCAAAGGUGGGUACGCCGUUGAAAUCAUUCGAGAAGAUGAAGACGGUUCGCUCACCGGUGAAGUUUCCAAAGUGUACGUCCCAGCGAUGAAAUCGUUCACUUAUUUAAGACUGCACGAUGAGCUCAUCACGGAUGAAGACAAUUUCGAGCGUUUCAAGCGCUUCGUUGAAAACAUGAGUAUGAUAUAG